UUCUACCCAUUUUCUCAUCCACAACCCAAAAACCAAUUUCCUCUGUUUAGUUUUUUUAAAAAUGGCUUCUUCUACUUCAUCAAUGAUUCGCUUCUUCAUUGCUAUUUCCUUAAUCCAAAUCUCCGCAUCACGGAUGCUGAGCGAGUUCGUUCAAGACCAAACCCAGUUGAAAUACCACAAUGGUGUUCUUCUCUCCGGCAAAAUCAGUGUCAAUCUCAUUUGGUAUGGUAAAUUCAAGCCAUCUCAAAAAGCAAUCGUCUCUGAUUUCAUUAACUCCCUCUCUUACUCUCGACCCCAAGUCGGCGAGCCAUCGGUUUCCACUUGGUGGAAGGGAACAGAGAAGUAUUACAAAUUGUCUUCCAAGAAGAAAUCAACUCCCCUGUUUCUCAAUCUCGGCAAGCAAAUCUUGGACGAGAAUUACUCGUUGGGUAAAUCACUCACCAACAAACAAAUUCUUCAAUUGGCUUCAAAGGGUGAACAAAAGAACGCGAUUAAUGUUGUUUUAACGGCUUCUGAUGUUACUGUUGAUGGGUUCUGUAUGAGUCGUUGCGGCACUCAUGGGUCGGGUUCCGCCGUGAGACGCGGCGAAGCUAAAGGGAAGAAUUACAAAUUUGCUUACAUUUGGGUUGGAAAUUCCGAGACUCAAUGUCCUGGACAUUGUGCUUGGCCAUUUCAUCAACCGUUGUACGGACCUCAAUCGCCGCCCCUGAUUGCGCCUAAUGGCGAUGUGGGAAUUGACGGAAUGAUUAUUAAUCUUGCUAGUCUUUUGGCUGGAACUGCUACGAAUCCGUUUGGUAACGGCUACUUUCAGGGUCCGGCGGAGGCGCCAUUGGAGGCGGCUUCUGCUUGUACUGGGGUUUAUGGGAAAGGAGCUUAUCCUGGUUACGCCGGCGAGUUGUUGACGGAUUCUGUUACUGGUGGAAGCUAUAAUGCUAACGGUGCUAAUGGAAGGAAAUAUUUGCUUCCGGCUUUGUAUGAUCCUUCGACAUCGGCUUGUUCGACUUUGGUUUGAGAAAAUUUUUGUAAAAUUAAAUUAUGGGAUUAGGAUGGGGUUAGGGAAUGGUUGUACUAAAUAUGAAAUUCGUUGAUUUCUUUAUUUGUUUUUAGGCUCUGUUACUACGCGGAUUAAUAAUAGAAAGGGCAAAUAUCUUUUGUUUGCUUUUGAAAUGA